UAAAACCCAAAGCCCGUCCAAGUCCCCUCUGAUUUUCUUCAAUUUUUUUGGGCUUGGCUUCAGCGAUCAUCUUCUUCCUUUUUCCCUCCCCCUGAGCUCGGGAAGCUCGGGAAGCUCGGGAACCCUACAUUUCCUCGAUUUCCUUUCCCGUUUCAUCUAUCACUACAUCGUUUUGUUCUACUAAACCCUAGAUAGAUUUUAGAACCCUAGAAAUUCUUUCUUCUGCUGAUAAUUGCUUUCAGUUUUGUUAAUUAGGGAGGCUUUACCGGCCCAAUUCAACCCUCCCGUCUUCGCAUUACUUCCUUGUUCAGUAGAAAUGUCAUCCCUUCUUUAAGUUUUGGUAUUUGGCCUUCGACAUCUUCGAUCACCAAGACUACUCUGUACCGAACCUUUCUCAGGUUCUUCAAGGUUACCAACAUGGCAAUCAGAAUCACCGUCACCUAUUCCAGCUACCUCGCUCAGAAUCUCGCUUCAUCGGUCGGGAUUAGGACUGGGAACUGCAGGUUGUUCCAUGAGUGCUGCGGACGAUCAAGGUUCCUCUUCUCUAACCAGAAGUCUGAUGUUGACCCAGCUGCUGCUGCUGCUGCGAGGAAUUACCGGGCUGAUUUCAAGAGAUCCCCAACGGGAUGUUGGCCUAAGGCAUCCGCGUCGUUAUAUAAUUCCCUCUCCGGCGAUUUUGUGAGUGAUAACUGUUCUUCUCCUCUGGUUAUGGGUUUGAUUUCGAUGAUGAAGUCUUCGGCUUGCGUUUCUGGAUCUGCCGGUAUGGGAAUUUUUGGGAUUUCGUCGUCGUCCGUUCUCGGAUUUAAGGCCUCUUCGCUCCUUACAUUUUUCCAGGGGACGAAGUGGCUUCCGUGUAAUGAAUUCUUUCAGGGUUCUGUAAGCAACGAAGUGGAUAAAGGUGGAACACUUUGUUGUGAUAGAGAACAUAAUGAGGCCCCAGGGACAGCCUCGAAAGGGUUAAAUGAAAGGAUGAUUCAAAAGAAAUGCUGGCUUUCGAGGCUUGUGAGUUUCUCGUCCGAUGAUGCCAAGGCUGUUUUUACGGCGUUGACUGUUACCUUACUGUUUCGCUCCUCCUUGGCUGAGCCGAGAUCAAUUCCAUCACUUUCUAUGUAUCCAACUCUCGAUGUGGGGGACAGAAUAUUAGCAGAGAAGGUUUCAUACCUUUUCAGAAAGCCUGAUGUUGCAGAUAUAGUGAUUUUCAAGGCCCCUCCAGUUUUGCAGGAAUUUGGUUAUAAUUCAGGUGAUGUGUUCAUCAAAAGAAUUGUAGCCAAAGAAGGAGACUGUGUUGAAGUUCGUGAUGGAAAGUUGCUGGUGAAUGGUGUUGUACAAGAGGAAGAUUUCAUUCUAGAGCCACUUGAUUAUGAGAUGGCCCCAGUGCUUGUGCCUAAAAGUUAUGUUUUCGUGAUGGGUGAUAAUCGGAACAACAGCUUUGACUCCCAUAAUUGGGGUCCUCUUCCGAUAAAGAACAUUGUUGGCAGAUCAGUGCUCCGCUACUGGCCUCCUUAUAAAGUAUCAAAUACUGUUUAUGAACCACAGGAUAAUGUAUCAAACACUGUCUUUGAACCACAGGCAGGACACAAUCUCGUGGCAGUUUCCUGAUCCAUCAACCCUUUUCUUCAAUUCUAGAAGGCGAAACUUCUGCCGCGAAUAUGAAGGGAGGAUUCAUUAUCCUCUGCAUCAUGAAGAAAAUGAAUUUUUUUCCUAUUUUAUUCAUGGACCUCUGUAAAUAUAGUCCUGGGACUUUCUGUAUGUAGUUCGUUCCUGAGUGCUUAAAACAGUGCAUUUUAUCUCCAUUGUAUCCGGGCUUUUGUCAAUUUUGGAAAGAACAUUCUCAUAAUGGUCCAACUGAGGCCAAGAAUAAAUUCUUUCUCUAAUGGCAUUAGUCUUUCCAACUUCUACCUUUUCCUACGAGUCAGUCAGGCAUUUCAGUCCUGCUUUUUGGGAAGUUUAUUUAUGUGUCUCAUGCAUCGAAGUAUGAAGAAGUGGAGAGAUUGAGAUGAUGCAA